GGGGCUUGGCGGUGCCCCGGAAGCAAACGCGGCCCGACCCCGGAAGGGCCCGCGGGGCGAUGGCGGCGGCGCGGUUGCUGGGGCAGGUGCUGCGCGCAGCGGGCGCGGGGCCGGCCCCGGCCCUCGCCGUCUGGAGGAGCGUCCUCGCGGUCUCCUCGCGCGCAGGUCUGGCCUGGAGGCCCAGCAGGUGCCGCAGCUCCGCAGCAGAAGCACCUGCCACAAAAGCAGAGGACGACUCCUUUCUCCAGUGGUUCCUGCUUCUCAUUCCGGUGACUGCCUUUGGCCUGGGGACAUGGCAGGUCCAGCGUCGCAAGUGGAAGCUGAAGCUGAUCUCGGAGCUGGAGUCUAGAAUUAUGGCUGAGCCUGUCCCUCUGCCCGCAGACCCCAUGGAGCUGAGAAACCUGGAGUACAGGCCGGUGAAGGUCAGGGGGUACUUUGACCACUCCAAGGAGCUGUACAUGAUGCCCCGGACCAUGGUGGACCCGGAGCGGGAGGCCCGGGAGGCGGGCCGGCUCUCCUCCUCGGCCCAGAGCGGUGCCCAUGUCAUCACCCCUUUCCGCUGCACCGACCUGGGGAUGAGCAUCCUGGUGAACAGAGGGUUUGUCCCCAGGAAGAAACUGAAUCCUGACACUCGAAAGAAAGGCCAGAUUGAGGGAGAAGUGGACCUGGUUGGGAUGGUAAGGCUGACAGAGACCAGGAAGCCUUUUGUCCCGGAGAACAACCCAGAAAGGAACCACUGGUACUACCGGGACCUGGAGGCCAUGGCCACGCUCACAGGCACAGAGCCCAUCUUCAUCGAUGCGGACUUCAAGAGCACAGUGCCUGGAGGACCCAUUGGCGGGCAGACCAGAGUGACGCUGAGGAACGAGCACAUGCAGUACAUCAUCACCUGGUACGGACUCUGCGCGGCCACGUCGUACCUGUGGGUUAAGAAGUUCCUGCGCCGGGCUCCUGGCACGUGACGAGAUGACUGAGGUGGCCUGUCCUGGGAGCCACUGAAUAAAUACUUCACCAGAUUGGGUUUAA